UGGUUGAAUCCAGCAAUUCACUCCAAUUUCACUCUGUGGUAUAGCCAGCAGUUAGCUCCCCACCAGCGCCUGUCUCGGGAGAGUGCCCUGCCUGCCUGGAACAUAAUGCUGGCUGGCUGACUGGCUGGGGAGUGUGGAGAAGAGGACUCCUGUCAGGAAUAUCCAGUGAUGGUCACACAGUCACAACCUGCCUUGUGGGGGGAGCUGAGCCGUUUGAUGUUUUAUGUGAACCAGCUGAGGAUCCUGGCAGAUCGCAGUCACGUGCGAGCUACCGAUUCGGGUCUCUGCUGAGAAUGGAGGGCUCCUUGUACUCCGUCUGCGUUGUGGAGACUGGGGACUCGACCACUGUCUGCUGAUGUGCUGCGUGCCGUUCGUUCAUCUGCCCUGGAGGAUAUGUGGAUUCGAGAAGGAAGUUUUUGGUGAAGUGUUCCAGUUGAGAGUGGGCUGCCAUAAUGGACGCACUCAGAAGGCCUUUGAUCGCAUGUCUUGCUGAUUUUACACGCUAAACGAUUCAUCGAGGAACUUGAACGCAACAGAGCUGGAUUGUUAGAAGACCUCAGGAGACGUGAUUUUGCUGACCAGGGUAUGGCAACGUUGGUCUGAAUGCUGCUACUGGGUUUGGCUGUGGGCUCCUUGUGUUGUCCUGACGGGUGCAAAAUGAAGCCAGUCACGCCGGCCAGCUCCCCUCCACCCCUCAGACUGUUGAACAGAGGGCCCGAGUAUCUCCGCAAGCAGAUGCAGAGCGAUAACAGGAGUCGGGCGCUGAGCGCCGUCGAGAGGCUCGAGGCGGACAAGUCCAAGUACGUUAAAAGUCAGCAGGCGAUGGCCGCCAAGCUGGAGGCCAUCAUUGGGCCUUGUGCGUCGCCACUGCCUUUCACUGGGAACUGGAAGGGGCCACACGAUGUCGGAGACCCGUGCCAGGAAUUUAACGCCAGGAAAGAGAAUGCAAACAUGGAGGAGCUCAACAACGCCAGGAAUAUCUUGCUGGACAAGCCAUCCCCUGAGGUUGUGGUUACCAGGAGGAUCAUCUCCAAGAGAGCCAUGAGACCAGACUCCCUGGUCAUCUACCGACAGAAGCGGGAUUGCAAGAUCGGGGGCGCCGAGUCCUCCAGGGGCUACAACUUCAUUCGGCGACUGUUCCAGGGGUCGAUGAGGGACAAGCAGGCGGUCUCCCUGGAAUUGCCGAAGGUGAUCCUGAAGGAGGAUGGCGGGUCCUUCUCUGAAGGUGACCCACACACUUGUCACCUCACCGACGGUGGGGAGGCCCAGGCCGAGAAUCACCUUGUCCACCCUGUUUCCCACAAAGAGGGCACUGGCUGCACUCUGCCGCCCCUCCCCAUCGCCGAUACACAACCACUGCCAAGUGAGGCCACGGAAGCUAGCGGGCGAGCAGCUUUACGCAACGGGACUUUGCAACGCUCAAACUCUGACCUCCCUCUCCGUGGCUCCCUGGCCCUGUCAGAAAAGGACCGGUUCUUCAAUCACUGUGGCCUGGACCUGGACGUGGCAGAACACCUCGGAUUGGCGAGGUUCUCGUCUACUAACUCGGACUCCACCUUGCCCAGGCUUCCGAGCGCCGGCAAGGACGGGAGUGAAAGCAGCGAAUUUUCUCGCUGGAGUCGAGAUGGAGAGGGACUUUAUGAAGAAGAAAUCCAUUGGCAAAUGUCUUUUGGGAUCUCUGUCAUAGAAAGGAACGCUCGGGUCAUCAAGUGGCUGUAUGGCUGCAAAAAGGCCAAAGAGGGUCCCAGGGAGUCAACAGUGUAGAGAUGCAAGAAGACGCCUUAAAUUCAACUCCAUUUGCAAAGACAAUUAUUGUCCCUGCAUUACCAGCUCAUUAAAGGAGCAGGUUGAAUCUUCAAGUAUUUAAAAGGUUUUAUUUUUCGUUAUUUAACUCUUAAGACUACUAUUCGGCAUUGGUCGGCAAGUCUUGUUUGAAGUCGCUACACAAAGGAUGGCUGAUUACUGCAACAUUUUAAAUAUGAUUAUCCAAGGUUCAAUGGGGAAUUGUUUUACCUCAUGGAAAAAUGAAACUCCCUUUCCAAAAAUUAAAAAAUAAUGUUGGAGGAGUGUUACUGGAU